UGUGUGAGUUGGUGGUGGACAACUUGGAAGCUUUCUUCUCAAAUAAGCCUCUGGUGUCUCUCUUUGUGGAUUAGUUGAGUUUCUGCUGAGGGAGGCUGGUUUAUAAAGAAAAGGGGGAAACUCCCACAACUUGAUACUAGAGAAUAGAGAGCCCCACUCUGUAUAACUAAGGCAUUUGUGUUUCCAGCCCCCUGCACCAAUAUUUCUCUAGUUGUUUGCUAUUUUCUCUCAAUUUCUGAUGGGGAAAAGGGUAAGAGGUACUUUUCAGCUAUUAAAUUAAAAGGAGUUUUUACAAUUUUAGUAGUGUUAAGUCGUGGACUAGUGGAGAGAGAGGAGAUGUGAGGGUAACAUCUGGAAUUAACAAGAUCACUCUGAAGAAUUAGAAAACCCAACCUCAUCAAUCAAAAUCAUGGCCAAUCCCUAUGAUUGGUGCUGUUGGUGUUGUUUUCUUAAGAAAGAAAGGCCUUGAAAAGAGAAUUAAAUUAGAGAACGCACCCCACAAAUGCAAGCCAGGGAAGAGAGAAACAGAGAGCAUAGAAUUAAAAAUAUAGAAAAUAUAAAUUUAAUUUAGAACAAUUAUAGAAAAUCGACCCCUGCUCUUCCCAGAUGAAAAAUUGGAACUAAAUUACAUAAAUAAAGUAAUAUUUCUACAUUUCAUUUUCGGUCUUAGAAGUUAGAAUGAGGAAUUAGUCAUUUUACUGGAGGCUGAAACCAAUUCUCCAAUCCAAACUCUCAAGGCUAAACAAGUUCCAAAAAUAUUAAUAAUCAUAAUUUUGAACGAAACAAUACACAGUUGAAAAAGAUGGUAACCUAAAAUGAAAAAUACAUGAAGCUGGAAAGCCAAUCAAGUCUCUACAAAAGGGGAAUGCUGUGCGACCCACAUUUUUUUCCACUUCAUCUGUGUGAUGUGAAACUCCCUCAAGUCCCGUGUCAUGCAGUAAACCAAGUUAAGCAAUUUAAAUGUAAUUGAGUCGUGUAAAUUAGUUAAAUUGUUUUAGCUGCUGUCGAUCACUCUUUAUUUUGAAAGAAGUCAAAGGUUCCAAGUUCAAAUCUCUAUAUUUGUUGUAUAAGAAAGCUUUUUCAAAGAAGAAAAUCAUAACAUUUAAUAGGCCCCAUUCACUUAGUCGUCGUAAUUAUUAUAUUUUUUGACAUAAAGUAGUUGUUACUAUUAUCCCAGAGUUUAUGGUUGAUCCCACCCUCGUCUUGUCCAAAAAGACAUCUGUCUUCUUCACUUCUUUCCUAAGCUAGAGAUCCAGCAGAAUUUUUCAACGACCAAGAACUAUGGCACCCGAAAGCCAAGACCAGGAUCUUCCUCAAGUUUUGGUUCUAGGUCCUCCCACAGUAUUCUCGUGUCUGGAAUCCCAAUUCCCAAACAGAUUCCAUUUCCUCAAACCAUGGCUUUCCAAACUCCCACUGCCCCAAUUCCUCACCUCUUAUGCCCAAUACGUCCAAGCCUUGAUCAUCCCAGGUGGCAGUCUCGCACUAACCUCUGCAAUUCUCGACUGCCUCCCGUCGCUGAAGCUCGUCGCCACCGCCAGCGCCGGAGUCGAUCACUUGGACUUGCCGGAAUUACGCCGCCGUGGGGUCGCCGUCGCCUAUGCAGGAAACUUGUUCUCUGAAGAUGUUGCCGAUAUGGCGGUCGGAUUACUAAUCGACGUUCUUAGGAAAGUGUCGGCGGGAGACCGGUUCAUGAGGCAAGGGCUUUGGUCUACGAAAGUGAAUUUUCCUCUCGGCUUAAAGUUGAGCGGCAAACGAAUUGGGAUUGUUGGAUUGGGCAGAAUAGGGUGUGAAGUUGCGAAAAGGCUGGAGGGUUUUGGGUGCAGAAUCUCAUAUAACUCAAGGACCAAAAAGCCAUUAGUUCCAUACUCUUACUAUUCCAAUGUACAUGAACUGGCAGCAGAGUGUGAAGCCCUGAUCAUCUGUUGUGGGUUAACUGAAGAAACCCGCCAUAUGAUCAACAGGGAGGUGAUGGUUGCUUUAGGAAAAGAUGGAGUGAUAAUCAACAUUGGUCGCGGGGCGAUCGUCGAUGAGAAGGAGAUGAUUCGAUGUCUGUUACAAGGAGAGAUUUGGGGUGCUGGAUUGGAUGUGUUUGAGAAUGAACCUGAGAUUCCCGAACAGCUUUUUACUCUUGACAAUGUUGUGUUGUCUCCGCAUGUUGCUGUGACAACCCACGAGACUUUCCUGAGAUUGUCUAAAUUAAUGGUGGACAACUUAGAGGCAUUCUUCUCAAACAGACCUCUGGUUUCUCCUCUGUGGAUUAGUGGUGCAGCUGAGGAAGGCUGAAGAAAUUUUAUUUCUCGAGAAAAAAGGAGACUCCAAAAGCUUGACAACGGAGCCACCUUAAUGUAUUGGUGUAUUCAACCUUUUCCUCCUUUUCAAGAACUGAUAUUUAUGAAUAUACUCGAUCGUUUGCUUUGCAA